GAUAAUCAGAGUGGCUUAAGAUUAGAUUUUCUAAAUUCACACUCAAACCUCGAUACAAAUCUUAGAACCUGAACCUAAAUCUGAACCCGACCUUCAAUCCCCCAUUACAACAUCGAAUUACGAUCCGGGACGACAUGCCUGACGCAAGUCAACAUGUCUGUCAAUCAAUUACUCGAGAGUGCUUUUAGUAAGCUCCGAGAGUUCCCACAAGAAUCACAUCUAUGCUGUCCACGCAUAUCCGAAGAGGAUGACGAGAUCUACGAGGACGUUGACGCUCCUAGCAAAAUCACCAUCGCCGAAAAGGAAGAGAGAAUCCAACAAGGCAAGGAGAGAUUGAAUCAGACAUACAUCUGUUCAUUAAUAUUGGGCCUCGAAGAAGAAUUGGCAGGGAACUUAGGUCCUGAAUUUGGAGAGCGGACAAAUGUUUUCCUCAAGUCAUGCGCGACAUGCGUGCGUAACUGGCACAAGGGACGUAAACCCUUCCUAAAAGACAUCGGCCAAAUAUACGACGACAGUGUAGUCGCCGAGAUGGAGGAUCGUCUGAAUCAAUUCGAUUUCGUCCGCAUCACCAAAGGUCUUGAGGGUGCUGCUGAAUUCAUCAAUGCACACAACGGUGUAGCUGGACAGAGCACCUUUCUUAAGGAAGAUCGGGAAGAUCUACUCAUCGCGCUCUACGAAGCUAUCUGCUGUAUGCCAUACUUGAGUUUGCCGGAAAACCGAAAAGAGUUCAACUUCGUAUUCGAGGCUAUACAGAAGAGAAAGAUUCUUAAACUAGACGAGAUCCUUCCGACUAUGACUUUUUUCCUAUUCGACCCCAACGAAACUCGCAACCGAUUCGCUGUCCACACAUUCUCUCGACAUCCCUCUGUUACCGAAGAGGACUUUGAGUGGGCAAUCAACGACAACCUCGCAAACGCUAUUGUGGGAGCUAAUGACUCCUCAGCGUCUCCUGAGUUCCUCCUUCGCUUCUGGCAAGGAUUUCUUCAUAUUCUGGACGUGCUUGAUGAGAAGCUCGUCAUUCAUUCCCUUCGAGCCAUGACCGGCCAGCCGAGCAUAUAUGAUUUGCUGCUUGCCCAAAUCCCUCGAAUAAAUUCCGUCCCCAUUUUGAAGUUACUUCUCAAGGCAUUUUGCGCGCUGAUACGAAAGUCUUCCAAGGCGUUCUGGGAUGCAUAUAGUCAUUGCUCUCACAUAUCAGUUGCCGAACAAAUAUUGGGUAGCCCAGCCUUUAAGUCACUUCUUUUGCAAUCGGGAGAGCCUGAUAUGUCCGAGGGUCCAACGGCCAUCUCUUGGGUAAAGCCAUUCGUAGAAUCAAUUCCUACCCAUCAGAAGAGUGAUGUCUGUGAUUCACUUUUGCACCACUUCCUGCAAAGAUACGCACAGGAUCCUACCAUGACAUCGGGAGGCAAGCUCGCUUGUACUCUUGCUGCGGUUGAGAUUCUCUCCUCCACCCUAGGAACUUUCGCCUCCCCAAGUUACAAGCUUCACAUAUCAUCCUCGACCAUUCAUACCAAUACGGUCUUGAAUCUAACAUUAAAGUAUAAAGACUUGAUCAUACAGCUUGCCCAACUUCCAUCCAACGACCAACAGAAUGCUGCUAUGUCACAUGCUGGUUUAUCCGUAAUAAAACACGCUCUAACUUUGGAUUCUCGCAUCACCGUCGAGGAGUUUAGCGCACUCCAGAGCAGUGAUAGCUACGUCCAACGAGAGGUAAAACGGAACUCGCCUGGUCUUUGGGAAGCAUUCUUGGAGAUCCUCCAGCCCGGUGCAGAUGAACUUGCCCAGAUCAUGCUAGUUGCCGCCAGCCCUCUAAUUGCCGUAGAGAUCUUUCGACCGGUGAAGAGACAGACUUUAUCGCCGACGAAGAAGGAAUUCAACAUUGAUUUUCAGAAAACAGCUGAGUUGAUAGGCCGGAUGAUUGAAAGGCUAGCCGACUUUAGCGAGCCUGCUCUACGACAGCUCUGUUCCGAUCCUUCGACAAUAUCCCCUAUUAUGGCGACUCUUGUGCAUGGCGAGCAGGACAUCAAUCAGGCCGGGGCAUCCUUCAUCAAGACGGUAACGAAUGAGAUGAGGAGAACCGACGCCGUACUCAGACUACUAGAAAGCUACUUCACCCAUGUCUUAUCUUCUUAUACCUCUAUUGUCACUGAAAUUACCGAGAGGAUGUCUCUCUGGUCGCCACAAUUUAAUGUCAUCCGAUAUUCAAGAGAUAUUCUCAGCAGUCUCUGCGAUCCGACGUCUGGUAUACUUCGAUCGAAAGAUCUGAAUGGCAGAGAGCGUGAAGUACUGCGUGCUUGGUGGACCGCACAAUGGAUCUUUAUCGACAACGCAUUUACCCAGACAGAGGAUUGGAGUCGCUUAAUUGAUAUGGAAACCAUGAAGAAUUUUUGUCGAGAAGCGAUGGAGUUUGCCGAAGCUCUUUUGGCUCAAGAUGGUCUCCUCGCCUCUGCACUGAGCUCAGAAUCUGCGCAUUCUUCUUCGGUCGAGAAUGGCGAACAACCCGAGAAGCAAGCUAUGAGAGAUAUUCUCGAACACCCGCGAAAGUAUUCCUUCGGACUUUGCAAGAUGCUUCGCUUAAAGGAUCUAUAUCUUGUUACGGUAAUCGUCAACGUGCUCGGAAAGCUCCUGAGACGUCUGGUAGAGUUCGAUAUCGAGCUCCCCUCGCAGGCUCUGACGUUCGUCAAGAACACCUGCAUUAAGAACAAGGAUGGGCGAUACAAUACCUCGACAAACAUGAAUGAUCGCCAACGUGCUGAAUUAUUACGAGCUUUGGGCGAAGAUGCUCGAGAUGAAGUCGAGAUCAUUUCAGUAAAGAAGGCCGAGCCACUUAAACGACAGACUAGGCUUGAUGCCUGGUCGUCAUCGGUCGAUGACACUUCAAGUACACCGAGUGCACCUGGCGCGUCUCGAAAGGAGAAGAUACCAGUAAGGUCAAGCAAGGAUGAUUUGCGUGAUGUGCUAAAGACUUCCUCUUCGGAUAAGACUAAGUCUGCUUUGGACAUAAUGAGAUCCCGCCAAGCAGAACGAAAACCCGCACCACCUGUAGUUAAUGUAGCAUCUAUUCGUGAAAAACGUCAGAAGGAAGCCGAGGAGAAGCGAAAGCGAGAUGCAGAAGCCAUUUCCAGGGCAAAAGCUCUUAGGCAACCUAAACCGCUUGUCAGCGGCGAGGGUUCUGGCCUUCAGGGACUUUCUGGCGCCCAUGGCAAAGAUCAUGCACCACAGAAGAGCGAGAUCAUGGUCAAUUCCUCUUCGGAAGAUGAAGAUGAUUCAGACGGUGACGCCGAGUUUUUAGCCCGAUCUGCUGCUGGGAAGAAAGGGUCGAAGGGCGGACAAUUCGCGAGGCCUAAUGUGCCUUUACCAGUGAAAAAGGUGAAGAUCAUACGUUCUGCAAAGGAUAUGCGAGCCCGACUUAUCCCUCCGAUGGACAUCCUUCACCAGGCUAUUCUCGAAUGGGAUAUCUUCCAUGAAGGCAAUGACCCACCUAAUGGCAUAAUAUGUUCUAAGGUUUCUAACGCCUAUGGAGAUCCACUUGAGUAUAGGAACACAUUCAUGCCGCUUCUAAUUAAUGAGGCUUGGAGGUCCUUUGUGACGGCUAAAGAUGAGUCGACAUCGAAGCCGUUUGGUAUCAAGAUUGUUAACCGGAUGAACGUUGAUAAGUUCGUCGAGGUUAGUACAGCCAUGCCUAUUAAUGAAAAUAAGGACAGGUUCCUCUCAGAAGGAGACAUUGUCCUAUUUUCACAGGCUGCGAAUCCGUUGGAAGCUACGGAGGACUUACAUUGUCUUGCUCGUAUCUGGCGUGUCCAGUUCAAGAAUGGCAAUCUAGAAGUGCAAUUCCGCUUAAGUGGUCGGGCUGGACCUAUAUUAUCUACAUUGACGCCUAAGUCCGAGCUUUAUGCCGUAAAGAUUACUAACAUGACUACCAUCGAACGUGAAUACGCCUCGUUGGAGAGUCUGAAGUACUACGACUUGAUGCCUGAAGUUCUAGAGGCUAAACCGUCUCCUAUGCUUAAGUUUAGUCAAGAAGCCGUUGAAAAGGUCAUGGAAAACUAUCAACUCAAUCCUGGUCAGGCAAAGGCGAUUCUAAAUGCGAAGGAGAAUGAUGCAUUUACUCUAGUUCAAGGGCCCCCUGGAACAGGCAAGACGAAAACGAUCGUAGCAAUGGUCGGAGCCUUACUCACAGGCAAUUUCCCUACAAAUACGGGCACAGCUAUCAAACGACCUACUGGGCCGGGUUCAGCGGCCGGUAAAGCGUUAGCCAAGAAAUUGUUAGUUUGCGCGCCGAGUAACGCUGCUGUGGACGAAUUAGUUCUACGACUCAAAAAUGGAGUCAAGUCUACCACAGGAUCUUUCCACAAGGUCAAUGUGCUACGUCUCGGUCGUACUGACGCUAUCAAUGCUGCUGUAAGAGAUGUCACAUUGGACGAAUUGGUCAAGGCCCGCGUGGAGGGAACUGCGGACCAGAAUAAGGGUCCUAGCUCGCGAGAAUUGAUGCAUAAGGAAGCUGGUCAAAUCAAGUUGGAACUGGCUGAUUUGCGACCGCAACUAGAGGCGGCGAGAACCGUCGGCGACCGUGCGCAGAUAAACCAAUUUCAACGAAAAUUUGACGAAUUGAAGCGCCGACAAGCCCAAAUCGGCGCAAAGAUCGACGCCGAUAAAGAUAGUGGAAAUACGGUGGCCAGAGAGAACGAAAUCCGACGACGUCAAAUCCAACAGGAGAUCCUUGAUUCCGCUCAGGUACUAUGCGCGACGCUCAGCGGUAGUGGACAUGAGAUGUUCAAGAAUCUUUCGGUCGAAUUCGAGACCGUGAUCAUCGACGAAGCAGCACAGUGUGUUGAACUCAGUGCGCUCAUCCCAUUGAAAUAUGGAUGCUCUAAAUGUAUUCUUGUCGGUGAUCCAAAGCAGCUUCCUCCUACUGUGUUGUCGCAAUCUGCUGCGCGCUACGGUUACGACCAGAGUCUUUUCGUUCGCAUGCAACGAAACCAUCCUGACGACGUUCAUCUCCUCGAUACACAAUAUCGUAUGCACCCAGAAAUCAGCCUCUUCCCCAGCCAGGAAUUCUACGAACGACGUCUCUUGGAUGGCGAUGACAUGAGAAGACUGCGUCAUCAGCCGUGGCACCAGAGUGCGUUGUUAGGUCCAUAUCGCUUCUUCGACGUGAAGGGAAUCCAAGAGAGAGGUCGCAAAGGCCAAUCGCUUGUCAACUUGGAGGAACUUAAGGUUGCUAUGCAGCUGUAUGAUAGAUUGUCGACGGAUUACGCGAACAUUGAUUGGAAGGGAAAGAUCGGUAUCAUCACCCCCUAUAAAGCUCAAUUAUUCGAGCUACGAGAUCAGUUCUCUCGCCGGUACGGAGAGAAGAUCAAAGAGUUCAUCGAAUUCAACACCACGGACGCCUUCCAGGGUCGUGAGUGCGAGAUCAUUAUAUUCUCGUGUGUUCGAGCUAGUCCGACAGGUGGUAUUGGUUUCAUGACCGACAUUCGACGUAUGAACGUCGGUCUAACCCGUGCAAAGUCUUCUCUAUUCAUUCUUGGAGAUUCAAGAGCUCUAGUCCAGGGUGAAUUCUGGAACAAGCUCAUCGAAGAUGCCAAGACUCGAGAUCGUUAUACAGCUGGCGAUGUCCUCUCUUUGCUAAGAAGACCCGGCGUCAAAGUGCCACCCCCUAAUUUUGAAGCUCCGCCAACACCCGCUCUGCCGGCUCCCCCUCAACCUAUCGAAACCUCGAAUCCCACUUCGAAGCAAUCUAGUCGAGCCAAUAGUCACGAAGAUGUAGUUAUGGAAGAUGCACCACCUUCGAAUCGGGCACCCAAGAAGAAGCAUCAGACCCCUCAACUACCGCAGACGUACACCGUCCUUGAGCGACAAAAUCCCCGAGCCCCAGUCGACAACUCGGCUAUGACGGGAUAUGGUGGAUUGAAUGAGAGAGGUGAAGCGGCCACCGUCAAUCGUUCUUCUGAACGUCCCGUAAUCCAUCAAUCGGGUCAAAAGCGGCCUAGAGAUGGUAACGAUGAUGGCAAAGCGUCAAAGAGGGUUGCUAGCACGAAUGUUCCUCUAAAAGCGCCACCGAGCGCACCUCGAAACAUGCCGCAGCCCCAAGAUCCUUCAGCCAUGGCUGUUUUGGGCAUUACACCCAAACCUGCUUCAUCUUCUCACAACUCCCCUCCCGGGCCUUCGAAUGCCCCUAGGGGUCCGCCCGGUCCUGGAUCAUCUCGACCGUUACCACCGAGAAGACGACCCCCUCCUUCCGAUCCCUUUAUCAGACGUAGACCGAGACCACAGUAAUAACCCGACGAAAGUGGAGGAUCGAUUUUUCGUCCCUCCGCUAUCUAAUGGGUGUGGAUACGCUUUUUCCCUUAUUACCAACAAAACACCACACAGCACAUCAUCCGUAAUACGAUGUGCUUCGUUACGGGAAUGGCGUUACCGGUAGCCUCACCAUUACAUCGCAUUUUCACGGCGCCUGGCUUUCCCCAUGAUACUUGUACUCCUAGAUAUCGCUUUCCUCUCGGCCUCUACAAAACACCACGCUUAAUUAGGAACGCUUGGACGACUUUCUAGUGGCUUUGAUACCCAGGUCUCGCAUCUAAAGCAGUGCAGGCAGGAAUGGUAUUUGCUUCUUCGUAAACGGGGAUGGAAAAGAACUCAAUUAAAAAUAGCUGGCGAGCCGAACCUCGGGCUGUCUUCUGUAGAUUCUGGGCGAAAAUCGUGGAAUUAAUUACGAUCAUGCCCGGUUUUAAAUGGGCGAUUGGCUGGGUAAGUAUCCUAGUUCGUAUUGCCUGGUAUAUUUGUGAGGUGAUUCGGUGAUUUGGUGGUGUGUAUGUGUGUAUGUGAUACCUCCUAUGCUUCACGUUUGGUGGUGCUCUGGUGGCUUUAGCCCGGAGAUGUCCUUCUCGACGACUCUAUUGAAUAUUCGGGUUGAGCGUCAUACACCUACAGUACCUACUUUAAGGGUGCGAACUACAU